AUGGCUGACGAAGAUUGGGGAGAUGUUGGAGCUACAAUGAAUGUAGAUUCAGCGCCAACACAAAUUGCAGCUGAAUUACCAGAAGUGAAGUUAUUUGGCAGAUGGAGUUGUGAUGAUGUUGAAGUUUCUGAUAUGUCUUUGCAAGAUUACAUUGCUGUCAAAGAAAAGUACGCCAAGUAUGUUCCUCACUCUGCUGGUCGUUAUGCUGCUAAACGUUUCCGUAAGGCUCAAUGCCCUAUCGUUGAACGUUUGACCAACUCUUUGAUGAUGCACGGACGUAAUAAUGGAAAAAAACUGAUGGCCGUCCGUAUUGUUAAACACGCUUUUGAAAUUAUCUACCUGUUAUCUGGUGAAAAUCCAUUGCAAGUGCUUGUCAAAGCCAUCAUCAACAGUGGACCCAGAGAAGACUCCACACGUAUUGGUAGGGCUGGUACAGUCAGGCGUCAAGCUGUUGACGUUUCCCCAUUGAGACGUGUUAACCAAGCCAUUUGGUUGUUGUGUACGGGUUCCCGAGAAGCUGCGUUUAGAAAUAUCAAGACAAUUGCUGAAUGUUUAGCUGAUGAAUUGAUCAAUGCUGCCAAGGGAUCAUCAAAUUCUUAUGCUAUCAAGAAGAAAGACGAACUCGAACGUGUGGCCAAGUCUAACCGUUAA